AUGCUCCCCUCAGGAGCCGAGGCCCAGGGCUGGCAUUCGGACAUGCAGCUCGCCAGCAGGGUGGUGCUGACUGCCGCUGCGUUGCUCCUGCUGACCGCGGCCUACAGGCUGUACAAGUCCAGGCCUGCCCCGGCCCCGCAGGGGGGUGGGAGUGCCAAGUUCAAGGCCAAGGAGGAGGAAGCGGAGGGCUCAGGGCAGCCCGCUGUCCAGGAGUCUUCUCCAGAGUCCCCGAGGCGGAGGCUGAGAUGCCGGAGGGCCAGCAAAGAAGCAGGAGCUGCCCUGGACUGCUGCCUGGACGAUCGGGGACACCUCCCUGUUCUGGCUACAGAAGCCACUUCCAGAGCCCGGGACCCCGAGAGCAGAGGCUCUGGGGAGGAGGAGGAAAAGGAGGAGGAGGAGAGGCAACACCCGAGUUCGGAGCAGGUGCCUCCCUCCUGCUGCGUCCAGGAACCCGGAACAGUUGCUGGAGAGAAGCCCAGCCCUCUCCACCACCCCUGUUUGGGCAGUGAACCCACAAACUCUGCAGCUGACCAGACGGUGACCAGGGGUGGGGAGCCUGCUCUGCGGCUGGAUGGUGAAUGCCUGGAGCAGCCGAAGGCAGAGGAGCUGGGACCCCCCGGCCGCUGGAUGGCCCCCACGGCCAAGUGCAGUGACAUGGACCAGGCCUGGGUCUUCACCCGCGUGACUGGCGCCAGCAGGGAAGAGCCCGGGGCCCUCCAGGCUGCCUCAGACAUGGCACUAGCCGUCCAUCACCCCGACGGAGCCACAGACGCCUCCUACACCUUCUCAUCCACGGCCCGGGUCCAGGUUCAAGAAAGCCUCAUCCAGGAGGCAGAGGGAAAGGGUCUCCCGCUGAAAGGCAAGAUAUAUGACUACUACGUCCAGUCUACGUCCCAGGCUGUGUCCAGGCCGGCCCCCAGCACGGCGGCUCUACCCAAGGCUCCAUCCCCUGGACCAGUGCCAGGGCCCCUGGGUACCAAAGCAGCUUCUGAAGCCCAAGCUGCCCACAGUGAGGGUGUACCCAGAGCCUCCACCUCCUCUUCCUCCUCCGUUCCAGGCCUCGGCCGGAAGGUGAGUCUCCUGCAGAUUGCAGACAACCCAGAACUCCAGCUGCAGCCCGGCAGCUUUGGGAUCCCCGCUGCAACCCCCCUCGAUCCAGGUCCUCAGCCUGGCCCAGCCGGGAGGGAUGGGGAGUCCCCUGUGCGGCUCGUGGCAGGGACCAACUUCUUCCACGCCCCACUGGGCCCUACUUCGGCCCCACACAUCCACCUGGAUCUGGGUAAUUGCUACGAGGUACUGGAGUUGGCCAAGAGACAGAAGCUGGAGGCCCUGAAGGAGGCGGCCUUCAAGGUGAUGAGUGACAACUACCUCCACGUGCUGAGGAACCCCCACAUCUAUGGGCGGCUGAGCGGGGCGGAGCGGGAGCUCAUUCUCCAGCGGCGUCUCCAGGGCCGCCAGCGCCUGGUGGUGGCCGACGUGGGCCCCCAAGAAGGCGGCGGACGCCUCUUCUCCUAUGAGGACGCGGCGGAUGCCUGGCACCCCCUGGCUCAGCUGCCCCCCGAGGCCGUGUCCCGGGGCUGCGCCAUCUGUAGCCUCUUCAAUUACCUGUUCGUGGUGUCGGGGUGCCGAGGGCCGGGGCACCAGCCCUCCAACCGUGUCUUCUGUUACAACCCCCUGACGGGGAUCUGGAGCGAGACGAGCCCUCUGAACCAGGCUCGGCCACGCUGCAGGCUGGUGGCCAUGGGCGGGUACCUGUAUGCCAUCGGGGGCGAGUGUCUGAACACGGUGGAGCGCUACGACCCUCGCCUGGACCGCUGGACCUUUGCCCCGCCGCUCCCCAACGACACCUUCGCCCUGGCACACACGGGCACGGCGUGCGGGGACGAGAUCUUCCUCACGGGGGGCAGCCUGCGAUACCUGUUGCUCCGCUUCUCGGCCCAGGAUCAGCGCUGGUGGGCCGGCCCCGCGGGGGGCAGCAAGGACCGCACCGCCGAGAUGGCGGCCGUGGAUGGCUUCCUCUACCGCUUCGACUUCAACCGCAGCCUGGGCAUCAGCGUGUACCGGUGCAGCGCCAGCACCCGGCUCUGGUACGAGUGUGCCACGUACCGGACUCCCUACCCGGCUGCCUUCCAGUGCGCCGUGGUGGACGAACGCAUCUACUGCGUGGGCCGCCAGGGGACCCUCUGCUUCCUGGCUGACCACAUCGCACCCAGGUUUGUGCCCAGGGAGCUGAAGACCUUCCCAGACCCGCAGGGCAUCCUCCUGCCCACCGUCCUCACCCUCCCCGUCCGCCACGUGCCUCAGACCACGGUCUAGCUGCUCCUUGGCUGGGCUUCUCAUGAAAAGAAGGGGAGUCAGAACAACCCUCCACGCCCCCCGCCACCUUCCCAUCGCUCCCUGGUCAUUUCAUUCCUGGGUAAUGAGGGACUAGGAAUCUGUCCACAGAGAGAGGAAUUUUCAUUCCACCUCUGUGACUGGCUGCUGGAUCUCCAAUGACAGAAAAAAAAAAUCUCAGAUGUGAAAAGUAAAGGCAUAGCCCUGGUGGCUCACCCCUGUGAUC